AUGAAUCAAUGCCCUCUAAAAAUUUCUUUGAUUGGUAUUUCUCAAACAAUACCAACUGAAUUAAAUAAUAAUAAAAUUGCUAUGUUUGAAAUACUUGUAAAUGAUUUUGCUAUUCAAGCAUGCAAUUUUAUUGUUAAAAUAGUUUAUCCAUAUCUUAAACCAAGAUUUAAAUAUACAAAAGAAACUAUUCAACUACAAGAAUCUUUAAUUUUUAUAGACGGUAUAAUAGAAAUUAUUGAUAAUGAUCUUUAUGUAUAUGCAAAAGAAAUCAAUAAUGUUUCUAUCCCUACUAAAAAUACUCUUAAUAACAAAAAACAAGAAAUACCAAUAUCUCUAAAAUCUACUAGAUCGAAACUAUUAUCUGCACAUCAAAAUAUUAAAUCUAAUUCUGAUAUUUAA